AUGGCCUUGCGGCGCUGGCCUGGCCCGGUCAGUGCGAGCUGCCUGCGUCUGCCACUAUCGGACGUCCCAUGCUGGCAAUGCGCAAGAAAAGGAGCCUUGCUUCUGCCACAAUGGCAGAGGCAGCUACGGCUUCAGUCAACCAGCACGUCCAGGCGACCAGAUAAACGGGUUGCGGUGAUCGGUGGUGGGAUCACAGGGCUGACGACGGCCUUCCACCUGGCUAGCCAGCAUUCGACGAAGGUCGUUCUGUACGAGAAAUCCAACACAUUGGGAGGAUGGAUGCAGUCGGACACGGUGGACAUAGAUUCCGGCAAGGUCGUCUUCGAUUAUGGCCCACGGACACUGAUGGGUGGGCUUCCUGAUGCGAUGGCUACAGUGGAAUUGUUAAUCAAACUGAAUAUGCUCGAUUCAACGAUGAGGAUAGGGAUCAAAAGCGCUGCUUUAGCUAACCGAUAUAUCUACUACCCGGAUCACCUCGUUCGGGUCCCCGCACCCGGCGGCGGUGCAUCUUUCUUUGAUAUCAUACGGGACAUGCUACAGGAGCCAGCAUACGAGGGCUUCCUGAGAAGCUUGGUAGGCGAGCCAUUUAAGGAAUGUCGGGACCCAAAGGUCCGCGAUGAAUCAGUAGCAAGCUUUUAUCGCAGGAGAUUUGGGGCAGGCGUUGCUGACAAUCUUGUUUCCGCGUUUUCCCACGGAGUCUACGCCGGUGAUAUCGACAAACUCAGCAUGAAAGCUACUAUGCGCCAGUUCUGGGAUGACGAAUCUGGACCUGGCGUUAUUAUAAAGUUAAUGGACAGGCACCUGUCUCGAAAGCCUCUUUACCAUAAACACAACAAGAUACAGGUUCUGAGAGCCAUAAGACGCGAAUACUCUUCGGAAUUCAACAUACGAGUGGGUCUAAUGUUCGCCCCAGGCUAUAUCUUGUAUCUGGAUGGUGGAAUGCAUUCUCUUAUAUCAGCCCUGUCCCGGGAGCUGAAAAAGUUUCCUAACGUUGAGAUUGUGCGAAACGCCACAAUAACUCAUAUUCAGUAUGACAAAGCCAAAGAGUCCAUGAUACUCUCUUCGGCUGGAAACAAGCCACCUGCGAGAUAUGACUAUGUUAUUUCGACAACUCCAUCCACGGCACUGGCAAGCCAGCUACGUGGGCCGGGGGGCCGAACUCCCCCCACUGCUACUUCGAGGAUGUUAGCAGCAAAUGACUAUGCUGUGAACGUCAUGGUGGUUAAUCUCUUCUACAAGAACCCUGAUCUCAUUCCGACACAAGCGUUUGGGUACUUAAUACCUCGCUCUGUGCCUUUUGAACAGAAUCCGGAACGAGCCCUGGGGGUGAUGUUCGCCAGCCAUGCUGUUCGUGGCCAGGACAGCGCGGUUGGAACAAAGUUGGCGGUCAUGAUAGGUGGCCACUGGUGGGAUGGAUGGAACAAUUCGGAUCUGCCAGACGAGCAGACAGGCAUCGCCAUGGCAAAAUCAGUACUCGCUCGCCAUUUGGGGAUUGUUGAUGAGCCAGUCGUCGCAAAGGCUCGAUUGCAGUACAAGGCAAUACCGCAAUACACUGUUGGACAUUGUGAUCGGAUGGAAGAUUUACAUGAGUAUUUAUGCCGGGAAUAUGACUCUCGUCUUAAGGUUGCUGGCGCUUGGUACACAGGUGUGGGAGUGAAUGACGGGAUCACUGCCGGUCGAGCAAUAGCCACCGCUCUCCAUGCUGGAAAUACUAAGGAGACCGGACUGGAGGACUACGUGAAUCCCGCACAGCCAGCGCUUGCUGCCCUCCUAUAG